UUUGAAGCCUCUUUUUUUAAUAUUGAGAACGUAGUCUGAUUUUUUGUUCGAGAGUUGAUCAUUUUUUUUGAGGUGCUAUCUUCGAUGCAUCAAACGGCAAAAGCUUCAAAGCAUAGAGAAAAAGAUCACGGACUUCAGAAGCGUACCUUCUCGGCUUUUAUGGAGAAAAUAAUCGGUUUACAUAAUUACGUGGAAAUUUUCUCAGUGCGGCGGAUUUAUUCAUUUAGGGUAUGUUUUCAAUUUAUACCACCGUAAGUACGAAGUACAGUAUCGGAAUGAAUUUGCUGAUUCGUUGCUUUUUCGCAGCAGUGAUGAAAUUAAUCGAUCCCUUGAGCAUGAACGAUACUGCUGAUGAACAGUGCCAUUCAUUUUUGCAGCUUUUUGUCAAUAGUUACUGCCGGCGUGUUUUGAUGCUUUCCGUGGUUUCCAAGGAACCCGAAAUGGCAUUACACUACUUAACUGUUCACGAACUGACCUUGGUCGAUGAGGCAAGCGGCAACAAACGGUGUGGAAAGUGGGGAAAAGACCCAUUUCCUCAAUCUAACCCCGCUUCUAUAUUUUGUCUAUUCCCCGAGGAGUUUCUGACUCGGUUUCAGAGGCUUCUGAGGGUUUAUAACAGUCAAUGCCAUGUCUGUUCUGCCUGCUUCUGCGGGUUGGAAUUCUGAUGGUGAUGUUGAUUCCGAUCCUGUGACAACUUAUCCUGCUCCUUCAAAUCAGAAUGGUGUUCCUGGGUUCUUGUCCUACGGAGCUCCGAGCAUCCUACCGGAAUUGGCUCCACUCGUCAACUUCACGACUUUUUACAUUGGCCGUCCUACGUCUUGCCCUUCGUUCAGCAAUAUGCUCACCUACUACGAUGUGCUGGGUGAAGGCGACCACGUUCUCUACACAGUGGAAGACUCUUCUCCGUGGUACAAAAAGAAGCUUGCGUCUUUCGUUUUGAAAGACCCAGCCAAGAGUCCAGCGUUGAAAUUUGAGUUCAUCGAGAAUUUCACGGUGGUCGGUGGCCAGAAUCAAGUUCUUCUCGGUCCGAACCCGGGAAUGCAUCAAAAUCCGUUCACAAUCCACAAAGGGCCUAAUGCGUUUCAUCAAAAUUCCAUGCACCAUAGCAAUCACGUUGACGUUUUUGAUCAGUCCGACGGAUCAAUUUUUCACAGUAGCGAAGUGAUGAUGCAUCAGAACGGAGUUGAAUACGGGCAAAACGGAAUGUUCAACAAUGUCAAUCACAAUCAGGCGAUGGUUCAUCAUCAGAGCAACGGGAAUUGGGUGCAGAACGAGUUCAGUAAAAAGAAGGCGUUUUUGGAUAAUCUAAUGAGUGCUGGUUACAAGUCACCAUCGGAAGCGUUGGUGACGACAGCGAAUGGAACUCCGAUCGGAAAGAUAUCAAGGAAAUCUAUGACCUUGUUCACCGUGUCCCUGGCUUCGGGGGAAGACGUUUUCAUACUGGAACUCCCGCCGAUUUUCCCAAAAAAUUGGCACAAUUUAGUUAGAAUGAACGUUUCUGUGAAAAGACCGAGUGACCCGGCGGGUGCGACGCUUGAAUCAAUGACUCAACUGGAAAUGGUCGACCACUGCUGCGGAGGUGGAACAAAAUCGUCCAAUUUUUCCGUCAGAGUCACAAACAAAACGACAGUGGAGGAAAAGGCCCUGUUGAUUGCUGCAGUAUUCUUAAUAGAUAUUCCGCGACGAACUGCGGCCACGGAGUUGAAGAAAGCUGUGAGGCAAGGUUGAAGUUUCUUGCGUGAUUCUACGCGACGUGGUUCUCUUUACCUGAAUUCGAGGCACUGCUGUACACAGGUACACUAGACUACUAGAGUACCUUUAAUGUACCGUACUCGAGCUUCGCUAUUUUUCGUGGUACAGCUUCUUAUUGGCAUUCAUGUCGGAUUUUCCGCUGUAAUUGUUCCGUGCGUCGAAAUCGUGUAUUUUUUUAUUACUAUAUGCACGUUGUGGACUUGAUCUGUUGCAAUGAUGCGAUUGAAAAACUGGUGAUGAAGGAA